AUGAAUAUAAUCUUGAAUGAGAAGGAUGAUUAUGAUAUGGGGUUAGAUUUUCUAAAGUCACCGGUUCAACAACAGCAGCGAGAACAGCAACCUCCUCAAGAAAAACGUCAACAACAACAACAACAAUUACACUUACAGCAGCAGCAACAACAACAACAGCAGCAGCAAUUGCAACAGCAGAAGCAACAGCAACAAGAACAAAAGCAAAAGCAAAAAGAGGAACAACAAAAGCAACAACGACAAAAGCAAUACCUUCGUCUUGAAUCACCAAACAAGCAACAACCACAUCAAUAUGAAGAAGACAAGGAGAAUAUUCAACAUCAUAAAGAAAAAUGGGACGAAUUAAGAGAGAACGUCCAUAAAACCAGACUGAUAAAGCAUAGCUUUCCCAGGUCGGAUGGAGUUCAAGUAAUUACCCCUAGUGCAAAACUCGAUGAUUCUUUUGCUGCAGCUCCAGCUGCUUCUACUCCUCGUGCUUCUCCUUCUCGUAUUCCUGCACCUGUUGCCUCUAUGGCAGCUAUAAAUGGGAAGAGAAAUGUUGCAUCCCAAGUUUCAAGUUUCCAACGGCCACAGCUGGAUGUUGGUGACAUGCUUGAUAAUCCGUCUGGUUCGAACGAAUCAAUAAGAUUAUUGCAACAAGAAAUACAGGCCCAAGAUCUUAAAAUAAGGGCCCUAGAGGAUCAAGUACAAGAACAAGCAGGGCAACUUCGGGCCGAUAGACAUGAGAUCGAAGUCCAACGCAGAACAAUUGAAGAUCAAAAGAUUCAAUUGGCAUCGGCUGCUGUUGAACGUCAAGAUAUUAUCGACGAAUUCCAAAUGAAUCAAAGGAAAUUAACCAAUGAAUAUUAUGACAAGAUUGGAAAGAUGGAGAGGAAAUAUGAGUCGGAAAUCCAACGAUUGAAAGAACAAGAGCAGCUUGAUCUUGACGAUGCUAAAGUGGAGGAAUUACAAGAGGAAUUGGAGACGGCGUUUUUUAGAGCGUCGCGUUUCAAGGAUGCCUUGAAGACAAGCUUCAAGAGAUAUAGAAUGCUUAAACAUGAUAUGGAAUUGCUUCACCAGAAGUAUGAUGGAUUACGACUGCUGUAUCGUUUCUUAAGCAUGUCAAAGGGAGUGCUGGUAAAGCAUGAGGAUAUCGAUGCUCCCUUACUUUCUCCUGAUCAUGAUACCGAGUAUUCUUUAGAAAUUCCAUCUACGGAUUUUUUGCUAAACCAAGGAGAAGAGGAAGAAAAUGAAACAGAUACAACGGCUUUAUGCCAUCCUGACAAUCCCCAGUCUCGCGUACAACAACCAUCGGAAAUCGAAGAUACCACAGCCCUAAUGCUCCUGCAGCUUGAGACAGAUGUUAUCUCGACGGCCCCUCCAGCCAAGUCCCAUGCUAAGCCUAAGUUAAAACCAUACAUACUUAUGGUGAUUUUUUUGAUUCGGGCCACCAAAGCUGCUACAAGGGCUCGAGCCCAAAAAAUUGAAUUUGAGGAGAUGCAUUAUGAGCAAUCUGGGGUGCAGAUGGAGGAAGUCAAUAAAAUGGUUAGAACUAUUGAAAGAAACAUAGAGAAUCAGACAUCCUAG